AUGCCUAUUCCAUGUUCGAGGCAGUGUGGGAAAAAGGCUGUCCUUAAAGUAAGUCUAAUGAUUAUGUUACUCAAGAUUUAAAAAUAUAAAACAUGAAAGGAAAGCAACUUCUUUAAUUACAGAGACCUAAAACUGGACAUGCAUUAUGUAAAGAAUGCUUUUUUUAUGCAUUUGAAAGUGAGAUUCACAAUACAAUUACGCAGGGUAAAUUAUUUAAACCUGGUGAUAAAAUUGCUAUUGGAGCGUCAGGAGGAAAAGAUUCUACAGUACUUGCAUAUGUUUUAAAAACCUUGAAUGAGAGAUAUCAAUAUAAAAUUGACCUUUUUCUUUUAUCUAUUGAUGAGGGAAUAACUGGAUACAGAGAUGAUAGUUUAAAAACUGUUCAGCAAAAUAAAGAUGAUUAUGGACUCCCAUUAAAAAUAUUAUCUUAUAAAGAAUUAUAUGGAUGGACAAUGGAUGAAAUUGUGGCUGAAAUUGGCAAAAAAAAUAACUGUACAUUUUGUGGUGUAUUUCGAAGACAAGCUUUAGAUAGAGGUGCAGCUAUCUUAGGGGUAGAUUGUAUUGCAACAGGUCAUAAUGCUGAUGAUAUUGCAGAGACAGUUCUUAUGAACAUCUUGAGAGGUGAUGUAGCAAGAUUACAAAGAUGUACUUCAAUUAUUACUGCAGGAGCAGAUUGCAUAAGACGAUGCAAACCUCUUAAAUAUGCAUAUGAGAAAGAAAUAGUAAUGUAUGCGUAUUUUAAACAGUUGGUAUACUUUUCAACAGAAUGUAUAUUUGCACCAAAUGCAUACAGAGGACAUGCAAGAACAUAUCUUAAAGAUUUAGAGAGAAUUAGGCCUUCUUCUAUAUUGGAUAUCAUUCAUUCUGGAGAAACAUUACAAGUAAAAGAAAGUAUCAAACUACCGGAACGAAGGAAUUGUUCUCGUUGCGGAUUUGUAUCUAGCCAAGAAAUUUGCAAAGCGUGUAUUAUGCUAGAAGGUUUGAAUAGAGGACUUCCCAAACUUGGUAUUGGAAAAUCUACUAAAGUUAAACGAAUACUGGAGUCUGUUGCAAAAGACAAAUGCAAUGACAAAUAUAAAGACAAUGAACAGAUUAAAGAAAAAGAUUUAGAAUUUUGA